CUAGAAAGGCUUUAUUUCAUUAGACCCGGAAGCAAUCACUAACAGGCAACAUUUUCAGUAUUUACACUUCUCAACCUGAUUUUAUUUUGACUAAAUAAGAUACCUUAAAAGCAGAGGCCCGUGGGCUAAAAAGAAGCCCAAAGUGAAAAAAAAAGGAUAGUGUUUGUUUGUUUGUAAGGGUCCAAUACCGAAAACCGACCAGAUCCGGUUUUCUAAUCCACAUUUUGUCAUAUGAUUUCGUACCGGCGAAUCUCGCCGCCGUUAAACCCUUCUUCACACCUGUAUUCGCCGGUGGAGAUUUCAAGGACUCAAAUCUCCUCCUCCCAUGGUGGUUUCUCCCUCCAAUGCCCAUCAGUAACCCUACGAAACGUCCCCCGACCUUUAUCGCUCAAUCGUUUCUCAAAGAAGAGCUCUCCCAAGCGGUCUCCCGUCUCGAGUCCCUGACCAAACAAGGGAUUCGCUUACCCUUCCAAGUCCUCGCGUCCCUCCUCCAGCGCUGCGGAGACACCGGCUCCUUAAAACAAGGCAGAUGGAUCCAUCGCCACUUGAAAAUCACCGGAUUCAAAACCCCCAACACGCUUCUCUCCAAUCAUCUGAUCGGAAUGUACAUGAAAUGCGGUAAACACGUCGACGCCUGCAAAGUGUUCGACAAAAUGCGUUUCAAGAACUUGUACUCUUGGAACAAUAUGAUCUCCGGGUACGUCAAAUCCGGGAUGCUGGCUCGUGCGCGUCACGUGUUCGACGGUAUGCCUGAGAGGGAUGUCGUCUCGUGGAACACGAUGGUCAUCGGCUACGCUAAGAGCGGGGAUGUGAACGAGGCUCUGUGGUUUUAUAGAGAGCUGAGGAGAUCUGGGAUUAACUGCAACGAGUUCAGCUUCGCGGGGGUUUUGACCGCUUGUGUGAAGUUCAGAGAGAUCCAGCUCAGCAGACAAGCUCACGGGCAGGUUCUUGUUGCUGGGUUUCUCUCGAAUGUGGUGCUUUCUUGCUCUAUCAUCGACGCUUAUGCUAAAUGUGGUCAGAUGGAGAGUGCUAAAAGAUGUUUCGAUGAGAUGGUGGUGAAGGAUGAUUAUAUCUGGACUACUCUCAUCUCUGGAUAUGCUAAAGUAGGUGAUAUGGAAUCGGCUAACGAGUUAUUCACUAAAUUGCCAGAGAAAAAUGCGGUCUCUUGGACCGCAUUAAUUGCUGGAUAUGUUAGACAAGGCUCAGGGGACCACGCGCUUGACUUGUUUAGAAAAAUGAUUGCUUUGAGGGUUAAACCUGAGCAGUUUACUUUCAGCAGCUGUCUCUGCGCCUCUGCUUCUCUUCGACACGGGAAGCAGAUUCACGGAUACAUGAUCCGUACGAACGUUGUACCCAAUGUGAUUGUUGUGAGCUCUUUGAUCGAUAUGUACUCCCGAUCAGGGAGUUUAGAAGCCAGCGAGAUGGUUUUCAAUCGUUACGGUGACAAGCAAGACUGUGUUCUGUGGAACACGAUGAUAUCUGCGUUAGCGCAUCACGGGCUUGGCCACAAGGCCUUGCGCGUGCUUGAUGACAUGAUCAAAAUCAGAGUUUAUCCAAACCGGACCACUCUGGUUGUGAUUCUCAGUGCCUGCAGUCAUUCGGGUCUGGUGGAGGAAGGAGUCAGGUGGUUUGAUUCAAUGACUGUUGGUUAUGGGAUCGUUCCCGACCAAGAACAUUACGCAUGUCUGAUAGACCUCCUAGGUCGUGCCGGUUGUUUUAAAGAGUUGAUGAGUAGGAUGGAGAAAAUGCCUUUUAAACCGGACGAGCAUAUCUGGAAUGCAGUCCUAGGGGUAUCCCGGAUCCAUGGAAAUGUGGAAUUGGGAAAGAAAGCAGCGGAAGAGCUGAUCAGACUGGACCCUGAGUCGUCUGCGCCAUACAUAUUACUGUCGAGCAUUCACGCAGAUCGUGGAAACUGGGAUUCAGUAGAGGAGCUGAGAGGGAUUAUGAAGAAGAGAAAUGUGAACAAAGAAAAGGCUCGUAGUUGGAUUGGAAUCGGGGAGAAAUUUGAAACGUUCACAGUCUCAGACGGGUGGCAUCAUCCUCGUAAAGAAGAGAUCUACUCCGUUCUGCAGAAUUUGGCUGCACUAAUGGAAGAAGAAGGAGAAGCUUCAAGAACAUGAUCCUCUCUAACAAGAAGGGAGAAUUGUACACUGUCAAAGCCUGCAAAAGCAGGGGAGUUAUACAUGUUGUGAUGAUUUGAUUUUUUUAGCUUCGAAAGUUUUGUAAGUCUAGCAGAGCUAACAACUACAGUGUUCUUUUUUUUUCUGUAUUCCUCCAGAUUUAUUGUUUAAUAAAGAAGCAAAUGGAAUA